GCACGCCAAUGCCUCUGCUGCAUUCGGCCGUUGGCAAGUCUGGGGAAGCUGUGUUCUUUUUCUUCAUACACCCGUGGCUAUGUGCAACUCUCUCUCUCUCCCUCUCUCUCUUCUUGUGUGGGUGAGAGAGAUGGAACGCCUCCCUCGUGUUUUUUUGUUCUCUUCCACUCUCUCUCUCUCACCCCGCGCGCGCGCGAGAGCGAUCACGGCCGAAAUACCAAAUCGGUCACUAUCAAUCAUCCCAAUGCCGGGUCGGCCGCCUCGGCGAAACCCAAGGGGAUGUCCCGGAGAUUCACACGCCUAAUUUCAAGCGCGCGACACGAGACGCUCCAUCACGCCGUCGCGCGCCGCCUCUUCCAUUUUUAAAAAAUUUAGUUAAAUGACGAUAUGAUCAAUCAAUCGCAACGGGGG